GAUCUCAUCUCCUCCUCUCCGUCGUGGACGCGAAAAGCCCACGAGGCCCUCUCCUUCUCCAACCCUAACUCCAGAUCUCUCAAAUCGAUCUCGCUAACCCCGAGUGUAGCUCAAACACAAAGAUUGAAAACCCUAGCAGCAAGGUGCCGUCUAAGGAGCUAUUCACUUCGCUCAUAAAGGAGAGAAGGGUUUCGCAUCUCGAGAUUAGAAAUUUGCAAUGGCUUCAAGAAAGAAUUACAAGGAGAAGAUGAUGCGUCGGAAAGAAGAGAAGCAUGAAGAACCAGACACACCAAGGUAUCGAGAUCGUGCUAAGGAACGCAGAGAAAAUCAAAACCCUGAUUAUGAGCCAACUGAGCUUGGUUCAUUUCAUGCAGUGGCUCCUCCUGGGACAGUUGAUUUAAGGUUAGCUGAUGCACACAAGAUAUCUAUUGAGAACAGCAAAUAUCUUGGAGGCGAUCUGGAGCACACACAUUUGGUCAAAGGUUUGGAUUAUGCUUUGCUUCACAAGGUAAGAAGUGAAAUUGACAAGAAACCAGAUGCUGAAGAUGGGAAGGAUGGAAAGUCUAGGGUACCAAAGGAAGAUCAACCACUUUCAUUCCGUACUGCAAUUGCAAAGUCAGUAUAUCAAUCGAUUAUUAAGCCGCAAAGCAUUAUCAAGGCAAAUGAAAUGUUUCUUCCUGGUCGGAUGGCAUUUAUUUUUAACAUGGAGGAUGGGUUUACUAAUGAUAUCCCUACUACUCUUCAUAGAAGCAAGGAUGACUGCCCAGUUCUGGAGGAAAUGGUUACAGUCAGUGUAGAUGGUUCUGUUCUUGAUAGGAUUGCAAAAAUCAUGCAAUAUCUUCGUCUUGGAUCAUCUGGAAAAGUUCUCAAAAAGAAGAAAAAGGAGAAAGAUAUGAAAGGGAAAAAUUCAACAGUAGGCAAUGAUUAUGAUGAAGAGAAGCCUGGACAACCUGAUGGUCGCAUUUCAAAGAGAGAUCCAGAAAGAGAGAUGCCACCACCACCUCCUCGCAAGAGCAAUGCUGAUGGAAGAGAGAAACCACCCCCUCCUAUUGCAAGAACUGAAGUAGACGACAUAUUUUUAGGAGAUGGAAUUGACUAUGCUGUUCCUGCUAAGGACAUGAGCGAGAGCCCAGUUUCGGAUGACAUGGAAGAGUCUCCACAUAGCCGAGAAAGGCAGUCUUACUUCAGCGAACCUGUUUAUGGUCCUGUCCCACCUUCUGAACCUGCUCAGGCUUGGCAACAAACAAAUGGGUAUGAUGCCAUUCAAGCUCAAAUGGUGGCUGCUGGAUACCAAGGAGAGUGGCCAGACUAUCAGUAUGCUGAACAGUUGGCUUAUCCUGAACAGUAUCUCCAGCAAAAUAUCCAGGAAUAUGAUGUGUUGGCUGGAACAAAUGUACUACAGGACCCACGGUUCAUGACUCAAGAAGACAAAGACCGGGGUUUAGGGUCGGUUUUCAAGCGUGACGAUCAGCGGCUCCAACAACUAAGGGAAAAGGAUGCUCGGGAGAAAGAUCCUAAUUUUAUCUCUGAAAGUUACUCUGAAUGCUACCCUGGUUAUCAAGAGUAUAACCGCGAGGUUAUAGACAGUGAUGAUGAGGACGACUUGUCAAAAAUGGACAUGGGUGGCCGGGCCAAGGGUCGUCUUCAUAGGUGGGACUUUGACACGGAAGAGGACUGGGCUACUUACAAUGAACAAAAGGAGGCAAUGCCAAAGGCUGCUUUCCAGUUUGGCGUGAAGAUGCAAGAUGGACGGAAGACCAGGAAGCAGAACAAGGACCAGAAGCUCACCAACGAGCUACACAAGAUCAAUAAACUUCUUGCAAGGAAGAAGGCAGAGAAGGAGGGUCGUGAUGAUGCCGGGCACUAUGAUGAUGACCCAAUUCCUGGAAAGAAGCUUCGGAUCUAAAGCAUGUGUUUUUUUAGGUGGGAAAUGUAAACCAUUAACAUCAUGUCCAUGGUGGAAUUUGCUGCGAGUGAAAAAGGAGAUUAAUGUAUAUAGCUUAUUUCAGAAUUAUUCUGAAAGGUUCAGUUUGCUGAGAAGCUUAUUUUGCUGCUUGUGCCGUGCUCAACUUUUCCUACUCGAAUGCUUCCAGUAUGAUUUACA